ACGUGUUUGCGGACGCAGGUUGUGCGCGAGGUCACGGCUCGUUGGGGGUUCGGCAUCCGGCGGCAGGAGGCGGGCGGACCGGUACAUCCGUCUGUGACAGGCACAACUGUCUCUAUGUGCUGCGUUGAAUCUUGGAAAAAUGACAGAUGACAGAGAUGUAUUACGGGACGUUUGGUUUGGAAGAAUACCAACCUGUUUCACUUUAUCUCAGGAUGAAAUAACUGAAAGAGAGGCUGAACCUUAUUAUCUGCUGUUACCAAGAGUGAGUUAUUUGAUGCUGGUCACUGACAAAGCUAAAAAGCACUUCCAGAAAGUAAUGAGACAAGAGGAUGUAGGAGAGAUGUGGUUUGAGUAUGAAGGAGUACCAUUAAAGUGGCAUUAUCCAAUUGGGUUACUUUUUGACCUUCAUGCAUCGAGCACUGCACUACCAUGGAACAUUAUAGUACAUUUCAAGAACUUCCCUGAAUCGGAACUGCUUCAUUGCCUCACAAAAGAUGCUGUUGAAGCUCAUUUUAUGUCUUGCAUUAAAGAAGCUGAUGCCUUAAAGCACAAAAGUCAAGUAAUCAAUGAGAUGCAGAAAAAGGAUCAUAAACAACUCUGGAUGGGCUUGCAAAAUGAUAAGUUUGACCAGUUUUGGGCCAUCAAUCGAAAACUUAUGGAGUAUCCAACAGAGGAAGGAGGAUUCCGAUAUAUUCCUUUCAGGAUAUAUCAGCCACUAAAUGAGCGGCCAUUUAUUCAGAAACUAUUUCGCCCAAUUAGUUCAGAAGGACAUCCACAUAAUCUUGGUGAUUUGUUGAAAGAAAUGUUCCCUGCUGCUGUACCUCCUGAAGAUAUGGAGAAACAGUAUCAAGUAGUGAUUCACGGAAUUGAACCAAUGCUGGAAACACCAGUACAAUGGCUCAGUGAACAUCUGAGCUACCCAGACAAUUUUCUGCACAUUAGUAUCAUUCCUUUACCUAGAGACUGAGGAAGCAGACAACUCUGAACAGGAAAGAAAAGCAAACCACUGCUGGACUUGCCAGAACAGUUCUAUCUUCCACUUCUACAGAACUUGUCAGAAGCAACUUGACCAGAAAUACUCACUGCUGCAAGCCAAACAGGAAGAGAUCUCACAACCUGAUAAGGGGCUGGUCCUAGUUUUCAUCACUACUGUAAUUCUGCUGUCGUCAUAAAACCUCACUUGCAGCAUGAAAACUUCUCAAGACCACUUCUAUCAUUUUCUAGUAAAAUGGUAAACAUGAUAUUUGCUAAGGCACCAAGCAGUGGAAACAUGUAGUGCUUAUAUUGUCCUUCUGAUUAACAAAUAACCGGGGGUAUUUCCAAAAGUGACCAUGACCAUAUUGAAGAAUGAGAGAAUGGAAAGAAAAAUGUUUGUACUUUCCAAAGGAUUGUAAUGGCUCACAGGAAAACAAGUAGCAUUCUUUGCAAUGAUGCUGGAAAGCAUUAUACAGAAAUUGUUCAGUCUCUAUCUCUGUGUCUCUCUUUUGCUCCUCACUCUUAUAUCUUUCUUCUGUGCCUACUCCACUCUCUCCCCUUUAUGCAUUCACCCUCCUCUCUUUUCACUUUCUAUCUCUGUUUCCUUCCUUCCCAAUUUUUCACUUUCCCUUUCUGUGUCCCCCACUUUCUCUCUCCUGGUCUCUUGUCUCCUUUCGCUGCUGUGUUAUUCCAGUUAUUGGGCUUGAUGUAUUAAAACCUUGACACAUUUUUAUCCAUUAAAUGAUUCCCAAACCUUAAUCAAACAUUUUUGCUUAAUACAGUUGUUUACAUUCAAGAUACUGAAUUAGACUCAAUUUGGUAUUUUUAAAUAUAUUCAUCUGGCAUUUGUUUCGUAACUUAAUAAAUAACGAGAAUGUAAAACUUUUAUUUCAGUUGUAAGACAUUUUAAGCAAGUUAUUUGCACUUCAAUAAGUACUUAACACUCCAAGUUUUCAGAAUCAUGUGUUUUAGGCAUCCUUUUGUCCCUCUAAAUAAAAGUCUCAAAGUCAAUAAUUCAUCAUGCAGAUGACUGUGAAAUAUCCUCUAAUCUAGAUUCCUUGUUUGUUGAAUACCCUUACUUCUUAUGGGGCAUGCAGUUAGUGGGUUUGGGUUGCUCUUAACAGCAGUUUUGGAAAUUGCAGUCUGUAAUUAUAAUGGAACCAAAUUUGUUUCCCAGAGCUGCAUUCAACAUUGUGGCUAAAAGAAAAUAUUGGGGUGCACAAGAAGGAAAUACAGAAUGAUUAUAGAGGAACCUCAAUUAUCUGGCAUUUGAUCAUCCGAAUUUGAUUUUCUGGAAAGAUCACAAGAUCCCAAUGCUUGGCUAAAUUAUGUUAUCCAGCAUUCGAUUAACUGAAUGAUAUACUCCCCGCCCGCGUCCUUCAGAUAAUCGAGGUUUCUCUGUAUUACCAAAUCAGGAGUCUCACAUUCAAGGACAGAAAUACUUUCACAGUACUAAUUAUUAAAUAAAACUCUGGUCUUUAGAAAAUAUCCUUUUGCUUUAAGUUGAAAUGCUGAUGCCUUUGGUUCUAGCUUAUUGUGUGCACACUUUGCAUAUAGGAAAUUGUGACUAUAAACAGGAGGAAAAUCUGGCAUUUAGAAAUGCAGUUUAUUCCAAAACUAUGUGCAAUAAAUAAUUUGAUUAUACUUGCCAGACUUUUUUUGGGGGUGGGGGGGAAGUGGGGAGCAGUGGUAGUGGACAAAUUUCCAGAAGUUUCCUUAUAAAAGAUCACCCUCAUUGAUUCUGUAAUUGAGUUGAACCAUUUACAAGUAAUAAUGCAUUUCUCUGUAUUUACUAGUAUCCAUGAAUGUUUAGUGUUAGCUAUGCUGUUUCAUAAGUAUGGAAAAUUCCUAAUUUGCAGAUCCAAGUGACCGUUCAACAAAUGAAGUUAGAAUUAAAACUUACCACUGGUGGCGAGAUAGCUGUUUAUUCUGAAAAUAAAGAAACUCUGAAAUCUUUGUAAAACAUAGCAAUUUGGGAGUGCUGCACGUGAUUUAGACCAAGUGCUUUCUUACAUGUUUCUUAUUUUUCACUUUUGUGGUUCACUAUUCAACCAGGCAAUGAAGGUGCUCACUUUCAUAAUAUAUAGUAAGCCUCUCGCAAAUGGCCUUUUAACGAAGUUGUAAACUUUUACUUAGUUUACCAGUGCUAAAUGAAUGGCUUCUGUCUUCUUUCAGGUAUGCAUGCUAUUGGUGUCCUUGGAAGAAGAGCUACUAUGAUGAGAGUUAUCAUCUGCAAUGUAGCAUUUCAUAGGUUUUUUUUGUAGCAGGAAGGUGGGUGGCAUCAACAUACUUUUUAAAUUUGACAUGGUAUAAUGAUUGUAUUAAGGGUUAUUUUAAAGGUUUAAUGUGUUGAAUGAAAAUAAACAACCCAACUUUUUAUGUAGUGAAAUCUUUUAUUAAUGGAAAAUAGCUUGAUGUAUGAUCACUGCCCCUUUGUGGUUGCCAUACAGAAAAUUCUUAAGGCAUUAUUUUGUUGCUUUGUGGUAUUGGUCAAGGUUCAGGUUGGUAGAUGUUUGUUCCACCUAUUGUACAGAUUCAACUGGUGAAAACUUUCUUCUAAUACCUUGUACAUUUGUCCAAAUAAUGUAAUGCAAUACUUGUGAUACUUAAGUAAUCUUGUUAUUUGUUUUAAUUAUGCAAUGAGACUAGUUCUUUUGAUAAUAAAAAAAACAGCAAU